AUGUUUCAAGAAGUACUUUCAUACGAAUAAAAUUUAUCUGCUUCUUAAGAUGUAACUCGAUAUGAUCCCUAAUAAAUGAUACCAAAGCAAGCCUUGAUGAAAAUAGUAAGUGCAGCAUAGGAUAGGCGGUUUGCUGAAGAAAUUGAUGAAUUAGAAAAACUUUAGGGUAUAUCAAGUAUAGAAAGUGGAUUAAAAACCAAUUUUACUUUUGGUCUAAAAGGAGAUGAUUUUGAAUAAAGAAACUUAUAAUAUGGCGAUAAUUUAAAGCAUUUUACUCUUCCUAAUACCUAUAUGUAAUUGCUUUUUCAAGCUUUAGAAGAUUGCAUGAUUCGAAUAUUAUUAGGGGCUUCUAUAGUUUCAAUUGUCAUAGGAGUUUUUACAGUAGAUGAUGAUCAUCGUUCAUUUGCUUGGAUAGAAGGAUUUGCUAUAUUUAUGGCAGUAUUGAUAUCUUGCAAUGUGACAGCGAUUAAUGAUUAUUGGAAGUAAAGCCAAUUCUAAAAUUUACGUCAAAUGGAAGAGAUGAGAAGGACGGUAGUAGUUUGGAGAGACGGAUGCAGGAUGGAUUUAAGUUAUAGUUUGGUUAUGGUUGGAGAUAUAAUUUAAAUUUGUGAAGGGAUGGAAAUUCCAGCAGAUUGUAUUGUAAUAGAGGCAGCAGAUUUGACGGUUGAUGAAAGUGAAAUGACAGGUGAAACUAUACCCAUAAAAAAAGAUACAUAUGAUAAUUGUAUUAAGUAAAGAAAUAAAUUGAAGAAUCGAAAGAGUAGGCUGAGCAAAUAUGAUGUUCCAUCUCCAGUUAUGUUGGGUGGUACAAAAGUAUUGUCAGGCGAAGGUAAAAUGGUAGUAGCAGUGGUAGGUGAAUCAAGUUCUAUUGGUAAAAUUUAUUAUUAGCUUACAACUUAAGAAGAAGAACCAACACCGUUAUAACUUUAAUUAGAAGAAUUUGCUUUAUAGAUUAGGUAGUUUGGACUCAUUAGUGCAGGUUUGAUUUUAUUUGUUUUUCUAAUGAGAUUUGGAAUAGAUAGAAUUAAAGAAGGUUCAUUUGAGAAAGAACAUAUUAGGGAAUUGGUGAAUUUCUUUAUAAUUUCAAUUACAGUGAUUAUCGUUGCAAUACCAGAAUGCUUACCACUAAUUGUAACACUUAAUUUGGCUUAUUCUACGAAGAGAAUGUUACAGGAUAACAAUCUAGUUAGAAAGUUGGCUGCCUGUGAAACUAUGGGAAGAGUAGAUAUGGUAUUAACUUGUAAGACUGGAAUCUUAACACCGAAUAAAAUGUCUGUAGUCUAGUUGUGGAAUGAAGAAUUGAUGGAUAUUGAUGCAUAUAAGGAGAGAUUAAAUUUAAGCACAUACUUACCAGCUCAUAUGCAUGAAUUGUUUAUUUAAUCAGCCAUAGUAAAUGGAACACCAGUAAUUAGAGGAGAAGGAUAAGGAAAUAAAACAGAAGUAGCAAUGCUCUUGUUUGCAGAACAAUUUGGCAUAAAUUAUGAAAAGGAAAGAAAUACACAUCUAGCAACCAAGAAGAUUCCUUUUUCGAGUAGGAGGAAAAGGAUGUCCACGAUUAUUGGAGACAAAAGAUUAGUUAUUAAGGGAGCUGGUGAAAUCAUUCUAGAAGGGUGUAAUAAAUUACAUUCUAAAUCAAAGGGGAUUAUACCUAUCGAUUCUUCCAUUAGAACUAGUAUCGAAUUGGCCAUACAAUAAAUGGCUUCUUAGGGUCUAAGCACUAUAGCAUUAGCCUACAAAGAUAUUAAAGGCAAUUAGGAUCUUGAAAAAAUAAAUGAAAAUGGAGUUUAUCAAAUAGAAACUGUAGAUCUUACUUUGAUUGCUAUAGUUGGAAUUAAAGAUAUUCUAAGAGCUGAAGUACCACUAGGCAUUGCUGCUUGUAAAACUGCUGGAAUCAAAGUAAGAAUGAUUACAGGAGAUAAUAAAUUAACUGCUUUAGCGAUUGCUAAAGAAUGUGGUAUAUUAAUUGAUGAGAAUCAAUCCCUAGUUUUAGAAGGGGCAGAUUUUUUAAAUAGAAUUGGAGGAUUAGUCUGUAAAUAGUGUCAAACAUCAAAAUGUGAUUGUCCAAGAGAUCAAAAAAGUGCCUAUUAAUUAGACAAAUAAAUAAGAGUUGAUACAAUUAAAUAUGGGGCAGAAUUUGAUAAGAUUUAUCCUUUCUUAGAUGUUUUAGCUAGAAGUAGAUCUGAAGAUAAGUACGCACUUCUAGUAGGUUUAUAAGAAAGAGGAUAUGUUGUAGCAGUAACUGGAGAUGGAACCAGUGAUGUCCCUAUUUUAAAGAAGGCUGAUGUGGGUUUUGUUAUGGGAAUAGGAGGAACUGAAGUAGCGAGGUAAAGUGCCUCUAUUGUUUUGCUGGAUGAUAAUUUUAAUUCCAUUUUAAAAGCAGCCCUAUGGGGAAGAAACAUAUAUGAUUCAAUUAAGAAAUUUUUACAAUUUCAAUUGACAGUCAAUAUUGCAAUUUCAGUCUUGACGCUUUUGUCUGUAAUUGUAAUCAAACAAGCUGUGCUAGAGCCUAUCUAAAUGCUUUGGAUUAAUCUGAUAAUGAAUACAUUUGCAUAACUAGCUCUGGUCACAGAAUCUCCAACCCCAGAGUUAUUAAAGAGAAACCCUCAGAACAUAAAUGAAGACAUGAUAUCCCCCAAGAUGUUUAAAAAUAUUUUAGGAUAAGCAAUUUAUCAAAUGGUUGUAAUAAUGGUACUAAUAUUUUAUGGGUAAACAUUCAUUCCAGAGUUUAAGGGAGAAGAAGAUGAAUCAAUAGUAUUUAAAGGUAAGUUAUAAUACAAAUAUUCCAACACAUACUUCGAUGAAACUAAUAACCUUCACAUCUGUCCUAAUUAUACGGAUUAUUGUAAUCUGAUAUCUUUCAAUACAGAUUAUUACAUUGAUGGAUCAGAAAACUACCAAAGCUUUUAUAAAGAGACAUAUAUACCUUCAAGAUAGUUUACAGUUAUCUUCAAUACUUUUGUAAUAAUGCAAUUAUUCAAUUUUAUUAAUGCCAGAAGAGUAAGAAAUGAAAUAAAUAUCUUCAAAGGAAUAUUAAGCAAUACGUUCUUCCUUACUACAGUUUUUGGUAUUCUUGCUUUAUAAUUAAUAAUUGUUACUUUUGGUGGAAUAGGAUUCCACUGCUAUUCAUUUUAUGGACUCAAUAUAGAACAGUGGUUAAUUUGUCUAACCUUUGGUGUUGGAAGUUUAGUUGUAAGACUAAUACUCAGAGUAAUUCCAGACCCGAAAAAUCGAAGUCUUACUAGACCUGAUCAAAUGAAUAACAGUUAAAAUCUAACAUUUCCAACUGUUACUAUGCACGAUUACAAAUAUUAGGUUUAAUCACUUAGUCUAGAAUCAGAAUCAGAAAACGAAAACCUUAACAAUCCAAUUUAAGAGUAUCAAUCAUGA